GAUUCGACAGCAAAGCAAAGUUGGAGCCUGAAUGACCCCUUGCCCAUAAUGGUCUGCUUGACAGUACUGUACAGUGCUAUUCAGUACAGUAAAUUUAGACACUUGCAGUUACAUUCAAUAUGGGACGGGGACGUCGAAAGAUUCUAGAAUCGAAGGUUGGCGUUGUCAUUGGGGCAGACGAAAAUCUCCGUCGCUGGUUGCGAUGGAGCCAGAGUGAGCGGGUAGCUGUCACAAAUUCGGUGCAAGAAGAACUGUUGUGGUUUCCUGGCGACUUUCUGGCCCGGCGGUCUCCUACCUUCCACUUCGAGCUGUCCGAAAACCACGAUCGGGAAGAGCAGAGUCCUCUCAUUCUCGAAAACGUCCCCUUCUCUACAAUCCGAGAAUUCUACCGCUGGUCGAUGAUGGAGAAUCCGCAUAUUCGGUACGAUGCUUGCUUUGAGGAGGUGGAUGCGCUAGCAGAGCUUGCUGAGAAAUAUAAAAUCCGUGCGCUGGGUUGGCAAGCGUCAGAUCGCAUUCGCCAGCAACUUUGUUCUGGAUUAUGGCAGUUGAGGCCCCAGACUGUAUCUUCGAAAUACAAAUACCUCCAGUCCGAUAGCUGGCUGUUCCAGCUGUAUCGUGCGGCAUUAGCCACAGUUGCAGAAGGUUUACAAAAUUGUACGGACGAUCAGAUGGCUGAAUGGCGGCUUGUGGCGUCUGAGAUGCCUGCGAUUGCAUUGGAUUUGUUUGAGGCACAAUCGCGGCGGCAUGGAAAGAAUUAUCUUCGUGAAGGGGGCUCGUGUCGAUUCCACGAUCAUGAUGAUGAUCCACACCCUUCAGAUUGUACAAUGACUCUGGGGCUAUGUCCUUUCGAGGACAUGGGAUGUUUCAAGAUCGAAAGUUGGGGAUUUUAGGAGAAUGGCUGGCACCGUAGCCGAUGAGUAGGUGCAAUAAAUGACUUUAGC